AUGACGGUGCCUAUUCUGGGUGGCGACUCAAGCUAUAACCGAGCCGUGGAGCAAUUUAGAGAAGCUGAAUACCCAAUGAUUCAAGAUUCGAUCUACCUUGAUCACGCCGGGACAACAUUAUGUUCCAAAUCAUUGAUGGACUCGUUCGCUCACGAGAUGACUACGAUUCUCUAUGGCAACCCCCACUCUGCAUCACCAUCCUCGCAGCAAUCAGCAUCUCGCGUUGAAGAUGCUCGUAUGAAUUUGCUCACCUUCUUUGGAGCGGACCCAACUGAGUAUGAUGUGGUGUUCGUCGCAAAUGCCACAGCAGGAGUCAAACUCGUUGUUGAAGCCAUAAGGAAUCAACCAGAAGGUUUUCUAUAUGCAUAUCACCAAGGAUGUCACACAAGCUUGGUCGGCGCUCGAGAGGAAGCUGUUUAUAGUACAUCAGUUGACGAUGAUGAUGUUCGAUCAUGGCUUGAAGGACAGUUCCCAUUCCGAAACGUGACCGAUAACUCGUCAGCAACAACACUGUUUGCCUAUCCUGCGCAAUCCCAUAUGGAUGGCAAAAGAUAUCCCUUGACUUGGGCCAAAAACUUACGGAACUUGUAUCGCAAACCCCAACAUCGAUUUCUCACAUUAUUGGACGCCUCCUCGUUUGCUGCUACAUCCUAUCUCGAUUUCAGCGAUCCGAGCUUAGCACCAGACUUUACUGUCUUCAGCUUGUAUAAGAUUUUUGGAUUUCCCGAUCUUGGAGCCUUGUUAGUGAAGCGUUCUUCGGAAUGGGUGUUCGACAAUCGCAAGUAUUUUGGUGGAGGCACGGUAGACAUGGUUGUUUCUGGAAAGGAGAAGUGGCAUGCCCCCAAAUCGCAGUUCCUCCACGAGAGGCUAGAAGACGGGACACUUCCAUUUCAUAACAUAGUGGCUCUCGACAUUGCCAUGGAUAUACAUCGACGACUAUUUGGUCCAAUGGAUCAAAUCAGCUCCCAUACUUCAUACCUUACCCAACGCAUGUUUCAAGAAUUGAGCAAUAUGCGGCAUGCAAACGGUGCCCCGGUUUGCAAACUUUAUACAUCGGUAUCCAGCGACGAAAACACUCUUGGAAAUGGGCCUGUCGUUUCUUUCAACCUAAGGAAUAGCCAGGGCGCUUGGAUAAGCCUUGCCGAGUUUGAGAAACUUGCGAAUCUCAAAAACAUCCACAUUCGGACCGGUGGGCUUUGUAGCCCAGGCGGCAUUGCUUCAGCCCUGGACUUGCAGCCUUGGGAGAUGAAGAAGAAUUUCUCGGCCGGGUUUCGUUGCGGUGCAGACAAUGAUAUCAUGUCUGGUAAGCCCACCGGUGUCAUUCGAGCUAGCCUAGGUGCAAUGAGCACGAAAACAGAUGUCGAUGGAUUUGUUGCUUUCCUCAAGGAGUUCUACCAAGAAAGAACGUUACCAACCGAUUCUUCUGAUGUAGACCCCAAGAAAUCCAUCGACGUCCCUGACUCUUCCGCACUCAAGGUUAAAACUAUUACUAUCUACCCAAUAAAAAGCUGCGCCGGAUACUCGAUCCCGUCUGGGGUCCCUUGGGAGGUUCGACCAGAAGGUCUAGCAUGGGAUCGUGAAUGGUGCUUAGUCCAUCAUGGGUCUGGACAUGCUUUGAGUCAGAAACGUUGCCCUAAGAUGGCUUUGUUAAGACCAACAUUAGAUUUUGGCAAGGGCGAGCUAAUCAUCGCAUAUCGUGGGACACAUCAUAGCGGCCAACCAAGCCAAAUAUCUAUCCCUUUAUCAGCAGACCCUUCUGUCAUUGACGCCAGUAUUGACAGGCAAUCUUCCAGAGUUUGUGGUGAGAAGGUGAGCACACAGAUAUAUACAUCGGACAGGAUCAACUCCUUUUUCUCGAAUGCUCUUGGGAUUCCUUGUUUCUUGGCACGCUUCCCCCCUGGUGGGUUGGGGCUGAAAAGCCGUCUUUCCAAGGCUCAGAUUCAAAGAUAUCAACAGCCUUCAAAAAUCCACACAUUACCAGGUUCCUUCCCAGAUGUGCCAUCACCACCUGAUUCGGACUCUGAACAGCAGAAACCUACCAAGAUUCUUCUCUCUAACGAGAGUCCUAUGUUGGUAAUCCAUAGUUCGAGUGUUGAUGCCCUGAACCAGCAGAUCAUCGACCGUGGUGGAAGCCCGGUUAAUGAGAAAUCAUUUAGAGCAAAUAUAACACUCGAACAAGCUCCUGGUCAUAAAGCACAGCCAGCCUUUUCUGAGGAUCGCUGGGGCUCUAUGAGUAUUGGUCGCCAGAACUUCAGGCUUCUGGGUGCAUGUCGCAGAUGUCAGAUGGUAUGUAUAGACCAAGAAACUGGCGAAAAGAAGGAAGAGCCAUUCGUGACGCUCGCAAAGACAAGGCGCUUCGAUGGCAAAGUUUACUUUGGGGUACAUAUGCGGCAUGAACCUUUCACUGAAGGAGACAUUAUGAAAAAAGAGUCACAAUACCCGACAAUUGAGGUUGGAGAUUCUGUGUCUGUAGAGCUUCGUGGCUGA